GCUUUGAGGACAUUUUUGAGUUUGACUAGAAGAACAAUGGAGAGAGAAACAAAGAGAGAUUGAGACACAAGUUUAGGGGAGAGAGAGAGAGAGAGAGAGAGAGAGAGUUGUCGCCGGAAAAAUUUGGUGUCCGAGAAAAUGGCGGAUUCAAAAUCCGAGGAUUGGCUGCCUCCGGGUUGGACUGUCAAGGAAAGAGUCAGAGAUAAUGGUAAAAAAGACAAGUAUUACCAUGCUCCCUCAAAUGGACCUACGUUUAAUUCCAGGGCAGAAGUAUCUCGUUAUCUUUUCAAUACAAAACAAACCGACUAUUUCAAAGCAAAAAAGAAGAAUCAAGCAACUUUGAAGCAAUCUGGAGAAGUUGUAGUAGUUGAGAAGGGUGAAGCAGAAGGGUUACCACCAGGGUGGAUCAAAGAAAUCCGAGUGAGGAAAAGGGGUGAUUCAAUUAGAAAAGACCCGUUUUACUUUGAUCCUGUGAGCAAAAACGUAUUCCGCUCGUUGAAGGCUGUAAACCGGCACCUCAAAACUGAGGAGCUAGGAACGCUCACACAGAAUUCAGAAGGCAGCAUUCAUAAGGAUUCAGAAGACGAUUGUACCUUUUCAACUGAUGUGAGCAAGAAACAGCAAUUAGGAGUCAGCAGAACAAGAAGACUGAUUAAUUUUGAUCGGAGCUCGGACAUGAAUAAGACAGUGCAGGAACAGCAAUUAGGAGUCAGCAGAACAAGAAGACUGAUUAAUUUUGAUCGGAGCUCGGACAUGAAUAAGACAGUGCAGGAAGUGCGAGUACAUAAUUCGUCAUCUCAACCCUCACCCCUUUCGGAUCAUGCUGCUGAGCUGCGCGAGGGAGGCACUGAACUAAGAAACUCAGAUCUGCAAGAAUCAAAAGAUUUGGGUCAAAAAGGAGAAAAGGGUGAUUCUUCUAAAAGUAAAUUUUUUUCAGUUCCGGCAGUUGAUGAAGUCCUUCCAAUUAAGGAAUCCCAUGAAAGCGGAAAGCGCCAACCUGACGAGCGAAAAUCCAGGAAAAAGAUAGUACCUGACUUGCCACGCCGUGCUUCAAAACGGUUAGCUGGACUUGAAGUUGACCCCAUACCGGAACUAAAGCCCAGAACUCGAGCACGCCGAGUUGCAGUUAAACAUUUGGGUGAUGGAGCAGCUGAUACAAGUGAAGGUUCUUCCCCUGGCAAUUCAGCACAAUGUAAUCAGCCCGAGACUGAUUCCAAGAGCUCAAAAUUUUCUCAACUCUCAAAUAGAAGCAAGAAUUUUUGUGAUAACUUGGUCACCUCAGAAAAGCAGGUUGGAAAGCUGGAAACAAUAGUUAAUUAUGAUGAGAAGCAAAUGUUUCCUGUUUUGCCCUUGGAGAAUCAGAUUUCUCCGUAUGAUAAGGCAGACAUGGUACCAGGAGCCCCUCUUGACUUGCCUCCUGGCGAAUUUUUGAUGGAUCCAUGCAUCGCAUUUGCAAUAAAAACUCUAACUGGAUUACCCCUUGAUAAUUCAGAGAGCUCAGAAGUUCUGCCUAGGUCCACAAGUAGUGAGCAUUCAUCGGCGAACUUGGCUGUGGAGAUUUUUGGAAAGGUAGAAACAGAAAGUAAGAUCAACGGAGAACAAGAUCGAUGUGCUGCUGUUUCUCUGGAAGAACAUGCCACAAAUAUUGAAAAUGACGCCAAUAAUGACGAGAAGUUGGGAUCCCCCACUGAUUUUUCUUUUUGCAGGGCAUGGCAAGACCCAUGCAUUGAAUUUGCAAUCAAAACGCUGACUGAUGCGAUUCCGCUUGACUAUGAUCCAAACAUCCAGCAAAACUUUCAGCAGCAACCAAGCUGGUCAAAAACCCAAGGAAGUGAUGAAAUGAGCUUCACAAGUGUCCAAACCGAUUUCUCAUGCCAGCAAUCCUGUGAUGUCGAGAAGCCUGGGUUUCAGCAAGAACUUCAAGUCCCACACAGUGGAACUGUCAGUUUACGAAAUUCUGACAGAUCUGAGCUGAACCGACGUGGAAAAGAAAGACAAUGAGCGGCAACAAUAGGAAAUCUGCCUAGAAAAUGACUAGAAGUUUGUACAAAGAUAUAACUCCCAGGGCUUCUAACCUUUUACCUUUUGUUCUCUCACUUUUUGGCUGUGCCAGUGAAAAUCUCUUAUCUGAACAUGUUAUGUAAUUGAGAGAAACAGAUGGUUAGCUUAGUUAGCUUGGCACUCAAGGCAGUGAUUUAACUGUAGGUUUUAUUUUCAGUCUGUUGAUCCUAUUGGUUUUGUGGGCAUCCGUCCUGUUUGACCUCCAAGCUUAUGCAGAAAAAAACUUGCAUUAAUUCAAUUUUCAGCAAGAUAUGAAUCAGGAAACCCCAGUAAAUCUUCAUCUUAUCCCUAAGCCAUUCCAUUAGCAAAUUACUGUAACAGCUUUGAGUUUCUAACUUGUCUUUCAUGUUAACAAACGUUUGUUCCAUUUUCAUUUUUCAAGGAUAGUAUAAAUUAUAAUGUUUA